ACCAUGAGAGCCUCUUGGAUCUAUCUUACUUCCGCCUUGUGUAUGGGGGCUGUUGCCUAUGACACCCCGUACGCCAUGAGCACGUCUGACUUUUCUGGAAUUUCCGGGGACUCGUACCAGUGCGAAAAUAGAAUGAAACCUUCAGUCACUUGUACGGACCCGGCACUAAACAACGACACCUGCUCGUGCACUUGCACAAACGGCAUCAUCUUCAACCAGCCUGUUACAUCACCUAGUCAGAACAACGGGGGCAACGAUGCUUCACUCGACACAUGUCAGGCGGAAAAGGAUCAAUACAUGGAGCGCGAGCGAGAGGCGAUGGAUAAACUUAAUGAGGCAGAACAGGCGCACCUCAAGUGCCAGGAAGGACAGGGCGCUGAACUUUAG